UGUCAGUGGACGAGGCUGAGCGUCACGACGAGCCGGAGGCUUUGUGGACGGACGAAGGACAGCCUGGAAAAUGCAGCUCUGCAGCGGUUUCUACAGUAUAUCACCAACUCGGAUGCACCCUACGUGUCAGGAUUCCGGCUUUAGUGUGUAGCUUGUGGCGACGGAGUCGACAGACAGCGACUUUGGUCCGCUUGUUUUUGUCUGAGGAGCCGGACUGCUGUUUGCUGCGCUCGGUCCAUCCGACACAACUAGUCCAGACAUGAGUAACGUUAAUCUGAUUUUUUGGGACCAGUUGCAGGCUGGCAGCUCCGAGGUGGACUGGUGUGAAGGCAAUUACCUAAUUUACCCCAGCAUCGCUGAAUUUUACAACACGGUCGAUCAGCAACAUUUAUUUUUCGUUUUGCCGCCGAUAUUAAUGUGCUUGUUCCGCCAAUAUGCAACACAUUUCAACAGCGGGAUUUACCUCAUAUGGAUUCUGCUGGUUGUGGUUGGUAUUGGAUCGACGUAUUUUCACGCCACCCUCAGCUUUCUGGGCCAGAUGCUGGACGAGCUGGCCAUUCUGUGGGUGCUCAUGUGCGCCAUUGCCAUGUGGUUUCCAAAGAGAUACCUACCCAGGAUGUUCCGGAGGGAUCGGUCGAGGUUCAAAGUGGUCAUCGGCAUCUUGUCAGGGAUCACCACUGGCCUGGCCUUCGUUAAACCCGUCGUCAACUCGCUGUCACUCAUGACCCUGGGCAUCCCCUGCACGGCGCUGCUCAUCACUGAGCUCAAAAGGUGUGAAAACCCCCGUGUGUUCAAGCUGGGCCUGAUCUCAGGGAUCUGGUGGGCGCUGGCUCUGCUCUGCUGGAUCAGCGACAGGAUAUUCUGUGAAAUGUGGUCAUCUGUCAACUUUCCCUACCUCCACUGCGCCUGGCACAUCCUCAUCUGCUUGGCCUCCUACCUGGGCUGCGUCUGCUUCGCCUACUUCGACGUGGCGACUGAGGCCCCGGAGCGAGGCCCCGUCAUCAUGUUCUGGCCCAGCGAGAAGUGGGCCUUCAUCGGAGUGCCGUACGUCUCUUUACUCUGCGUGAAAAAGUCGACCAUCAAGGUGACUUAGCGGCGCCGGAGCCCCGCGCUCCGUCAGCUCACACCAGCAUGUGGCGGCCCCACGUCCGCGGUGCCCUGGCGACUGGAGGAUCUCUGUGUUGCACAUGAAGACUGACCACACGGAUUUUCCUUUUCCCUUGCUCAGGCCCAGAUCUGGUAUUUGUUACAGAACAGUGUUUAUGCAACUAUGUCAUCGAACAAAUUGUGUUUUACUUUUAUUUAAUUUUUUUUUUUUUGUGUUUGUGAUACAGGAUUAAUCUUUAAAUACCACAGUAUCAAAGCCAAGAAACCUUCAGUGUUUCCAACAUAUCUCAGGCUUUUGAUGAAGGAUCAUGUGAUCUCCUCGGAGUCAGAGUAUUAGCAAUACGCAUUUGAGACGUCUUCAAAGGUGCAUUUUUCAGAAUUUAAGUAACGUCUCUUUUGUGCAAUAGGUGGCAUUAAUGAGUCACUCUAGAUGCCUGUUUGUGCUCAAUCCAGAUAUUUUCUUCUUCUUUUUUUCUUAUAGUAGUUGUUACAAGUUUACUAAUAAAUCGGCUGUUUUUUGAGUUGAGACUAGGCGCCUGAUGCACAACACUAGACAGGUGGCAUGGAAGCCAUGCCUGCAAUCAGAGAGCAAAGGUAUCAAUGGAAUGAAAUCAUCACAGCUUCUCAUUCCCGAAUAUUUGAAUCGAUCAGUAUUGCAUAUUGCACCUUUUUGAGGGAAAAUAUUUUGUACAGUCAGUGGUAUUUCAGAAAACCUCAUUUUGAAGUGUUGUGUUGCCUUUAUAUACAUAAAUACGGCAUCUCAUAGAUGCUCUCUGGUCAUUUGGGAACCACAAUAAAGCACUGGAUUCAUAAACUGUGAUUAAUGCAUAAUGCAUUAGAGCUCCAUAUCGCUUAGCCAGCCCGACUGAACCCGGCGUUUAGAACGUCUUUACCCAAGCGUCACGAGAAGACGAUUCACACCGAGCCUUAGGCUGACCAGCCUGCCCUCUGCCACCACAGGCUUUGAGAUGGAAACUGUCGGACUUCUUUCUGUGUUGUACUUUCAGCAUGCUACUGUGAUUGUUCAUGGGAUUAGUUCAUGAGAACGGUGUCUGUUAUAUUCCUGUACAGAUUUUCUUAACUAACAAUGUUUAACAGUUAUUUUCUUUAGGUAAAAGAAUCUAAUUCUUCUAAUAUUUAUCGACUCGGUACCCUCUGACAUUCCCACUAACUGAAGGAAUUGCAAAGAAUGUGAAAUGAUGGACGGAUAACCUUUGACUAAGUGCAUGUAACGUGUUAAAACAUAACACUUAUUCACUCUAAAUUUAACUUGCUCAUGUUCAGCUUCUAAUACUAAAAGGUCCUAAUUUUAUGUUUUAUCUCGAUUCGUCAAUUUAACUUCUCUUUGAGGUAUUUAUGUUUGAGAGUUUCUCACCUUCCUAAAUAUAACGAAAUGCUGCAAAAGCCUUAAAAAGAGCAAGUAAAUACCGUAAUUGAAAGGAAUAAUGAAGAGUCACUCUGUCAGUUUGUGACGUGUGUGCUUUGUAGCUGCAGAGGAAGAAACUGUUUAUUAGUGAAAUAAAGUAACAAAGGGAUCUGUUAGUUUAGUUCAAAGCACUGAAUUUCCAAAUGUGCGGUGGACCUGGAAGUCAAAGCAAUGCCUUUUUCCCUCUAUGGUUUCAUCCAUAAACCAAAAUUUGAAGAAAAAAAAUUGAACUAACAGGACAAAAAAGGAUGAUGAAUGUGUUAUGUGGAGGGUGAAAGGGAAAACUUCUCUGCAUUACAAGGCAAAACACAAAUCAGAAAAAAAACAGGUUCUUGCGAAACCCUUGUUGGACAUGUUUUUGUUUUUCUUCUUUCUUUGAAAACUGCCUCAAGCUGUUAAAUUCUUGUUCUCCUGCAAAGGCUUCUGGGAACUCAUACUGCUAAAUUAACUUUGCACUCAUGAAGGAUCAAAAUCAGAGAAAUGAACCUUGCUUUACAAACUAGAAUGCCAUUUUACUGAAAUUAUGAUUCUGAUUUUUUUUUUUUUUUUACAUUAUUGAAAUGGAAAACAGUUUCUAUUUUUGUAAGUGAAAUGCAGCCAAAAAUAAUGGGUUGAUGAUUUUAAUUCAUUGUUUCUACCUUUUGUAUUGCCAAAACAGUUUUUUUUUUAAUGUAUCAUCUGGAACGAAUUUAGAAUGUGAACAAAUUCUGAGAAUAUUUGCGUUGUGCUACAAAUUCAGUUAUGCAAGCGAUAAAUGAUAAUGGGUUAUUUGUUUUGAUGCAGAGAAAAUUACAAUUUUGAUGAGGUUAAAAGUGAACCAGCAUCAGAAUCACAGAGCUGCUGGUUAAAUGCUGCCCUCUGCAUCCAGACAUUUGUCCCGGCAUGUGGUGUGAUUGUGUGAACAACUAAAGGAGUAAAAUCUCUCUAUUGACGUACAUGUAUAUAAAUCUCAGUGUUUCUCUGCCUGCAUCGACAAUACAGAUAAGCUGCACAGAAAUAUUUAUUUUCCUAAAUUAUAUCCUGUUUUUGUAAGCAAAUAUUUGUAAUAGAUUAGUAUUUUAUGCAAUAAACUAAGCCAAUACUCAAA